GUGGUAACUGCCUUGGGGAGUACUUGGCACCCGGAGCAUUUUGUCUGCACUUAUUGCCAGAAGGAGAUGGGGGGCAGCAACUUUUUUGAGAAGGACGGCGCCCCCUACUGCGAGAGAGAUUACUUUCAGCUUUUCUCUCCCCGCUGUGGAUUCUGCAACGAACCCAUCCUGGAUAAAAUGGUGACUGCGCUGGAUAAGAAUUGGCACCCAGAGCACUUCUGCUGUGUUAAGUGCAGGCGGCCCUUUGGAGAGGAAGGCUUUCACGAGAAAGAUGGGAAGCAGUAUUGUCGCCAGGACUUUUAUGAGCUCUUCUCCACUCGCUGUCAAGGGUGCAGCCAGGCUAUUUUGGAGAACUAUAUCUCGGCUCUCAACGCUUUGUGGCAUCCAGAAUGUUUUGUUUGCAGGGAAUGCUACACCCCAUUCAUGAAUGGCAGCUUCUUUGAGCAUGGUGGACGCCCCUUCUGCGAAAUCCACUACCACAAGCAAAGGGGCUCGCUGUGUUCUGGUUGCGAGAAACCCAUCACCGGCCGCUGCAUCACCGCCAUGGGCCGGAAGUUCCACCCGGAGCAUUUCGUAUGCGCCUUCUGCCUCAAGCAGCUCAACAAAGGCACCUUCAAGGAGCAGAACGAGAAGCCCUAUUGCCACCCUUGCUUUAUCAAGCUCUUCGGGUGACUGGGAAGGGUCCUGGCCUUGCUGGGGUCAGGCCACGCCUCCUGCUGGCGUGGAAAGGGGGGAGGGCCCAUCAUCAGCUUUUGAAUGAGCCGCACCCACUGCCAUGCAUGGGAGGGUGGGAAAUACCUGUGCCUUAAGGGGCCCCAACCCUCAACCUGGGAGCCCAUCCACCAUUGCCAAAAACCACGCCUGUAGAUCAGAGCUACUCGCAAAGCAAGCAAUGAAGGAAGCAAGUCGGAUCUGCCCCUCCCAUCCUUCUCAGGAGCCAGGCCUCUGUUCCCGCACAAGCAGCCAAGCGUUAUCCCCCACCCAAUACCAGGCCACUUUUAAGCCACCAUUCCCCCCCUCCAGCACCAGCACUUCUGACAGGAGGCCCUGCCUUAAGCCACAUCUCCAAUAUCAGCUGGUGAGGUCCUCAGAAGACCAGGAUGUGAUGCAACCCCACCUCUGGUGUCUUUACCUCUAAGUCCAACUGUAUGGGUUGAGUGCUCUGCCCUACAGCUCUUCUCAACCAUAAAGCCAUCUUGGUGGGAGCCGGUCAGCUCACAUCUAAGGUUCUUUGGAACAUCUGGAUAUUUUUAUCCUGGCAUUUAAUUUGUGGAGAGCAGUGGCUCCAUCAGUGGUGCAAUUCGGACGGUUCUGUCCAGUUUGGGUGAACCGGUAGCAGCGACGGCGGGAGGCUCCGCCCACCCACCCGGACAUCAUCACAUCCUGUUUUUGAUGCUCUGCACAUGCGCAGACGGUCCUGCGCAUGCGCAGAGGUGGUGUGGUCAUAUUUGCGAAUCGGUAGCGAAGGUAAGUUGAUUUCACCCCUGGGCUCCAUCCAGGUCAGUCUGAAAGACCUCUUGAUCUCAGCACCCAAAUUAAUUCCAUUGCAACCAAAGAUCAACAGUAACUCGUUAGCCAACCUCUUAUUUUUAUCAUGUACGAAUACAGAAAUGUGACCAUCCAAACUUUAGUCAAAACUACAACUCCCAGAAGCGUCUGCCAACAGAAAGAGGUGCUACGAAGAUGCUCAGGAACGCCUGGAGCUUUCCAACAGUUUAUGCACUUCGAUGCAUUGAGUGGCUCCUUUGUGAGACGGGAUUGGGUGGGGUGGGAUGGGGUGGGGACAGUGGGGAGACUGACAAAACACAUACAGUUGUGCAGUGCUGAAGUUUAAGCAUUUGCAUCAGACAACCAGGAUGCAAGUUUUGCACUGAGCCUGCUGCAGGUUAUUUUUGCCUCCUUGUGGCCUGUGGUGGAGCUCUGUGGUUUAUGGCCUACUGGACUUCCUUGGAGGAAGUUUUGAUAAGGGACCAGCUAAAAAAGGAUGCAACAUCUUGUACCCCCCACCCCCCACCCUUGCAUCUUCAAUUUUCCUUUUCCUUGGAAAAAAAAAUACUCCAAAUGAUGACAAUCCUUCUUAUAUUUAAAACAAAUUGGCCAUGAAGAAAGCAGGGAAGGAGAGUAUGUCACAGCUUGCCAUUAGGCUGCAUCAGGGCCAUUUUAAAAAAUCUUACUGUGUUAAUAAUCCCCAUGGUGGCUUUUAUAUAAUACGACUUGGCCGGGAUUAAGGAGCAUGGGCUCUUCCUUCUGCCACUCAAUUUUUUAUGCCAACUUUUUACUGCUCACUGCUGUAUUAUAUAAUAAAAUUCACUUAAUUAAAAUAAAA